AUUGUUUAGAAUCUCUGGAACACUUGGAUAAUGUGACAAUUGCAAUGCAGUGAUGUCGGCUCUCUGUCCGCCACCGUCACCAGCUGUUGCCAAGACAGAGAUUGCUUUAAAUGGUGAAUCACCUUUAUUAGCAGCCACCUUUGCUUACUGGGACAAUAUCCUGGGCCCUAGAGUAAGGCACAUUUGGGCUCCAAAGACAGAGCAGGGCCUUCUCAGCGAUGGAGAAAUCACUUUUCUUGCUAACCACACCCUAAAUGGGGAAAUCCUUCGAAACGCAGAGAGUGGAGCUAUAGAUGUAAAAUUCUUUGUCUUGUCUGAAAAAGGAGUGAUAAUUGUUUCUUUAAUCUUCGAUGGAAACUGGAAUGGGGACAGGAGUACCUAUGGACUAUCAAUUAUCCUUCCACAGACAGAACUGAGUUUCUAUCUCCCACUUCACAGAGUGUGUGUGGACAGGUUGACACACAUCAUUCGUAAAGGGAGAAUAUGGAUGCAUAAGGAAAGGCAAGAAAAUGUUCAGAAGAUUGUCUUAGAAGGCACAGAAAGAAUGGAAGAUCAGGGUCAGAGUAUUAUCCCAAUGCUUACUGGGGAAGUAAUUCCUGUAAUGGAACUCCUUUCAUCUAUGAAAUCACACUGUGUUUCUGCAGAAAUAGAUAUAGCUGAUACAGUGCUCAAUGAUGAUGAUAUCGGUGACAGUUGUCAUGAAGGCUUCCUUCUCAAUGCUAUCAGCUCACACCUGCAAACAUGUGGCUGCUCCGUCGUCGUAGGUAGUAGUGCUGAGAAAGUAAAUAAGAUAGUACGGACAUUGUGCCUGUUUCUGACUCCAGCAGAAAGAAAAUGCUCCAGAUUGUGUGACGCCGAGUCAUCGUUUAAGUAUGAGUCAGGGCUGUUUGUUCAAGGCCUGCUAAAGGAUUCAACUGGAAGUUUUGUGCUACCUUUCCGACAAGUCAUGUACGCCCCAUACCCCACCACACACAUAGACGUGGACGUCAAUGCUGUCAAGCAGAUGCCACCGUGUCAUGAGCAUAUUUAUAAUCAGCGUAGAUACAUGAGAUCGGAACUGACAGCAUUUUGGAGAGCCACGUCAGAGGAAGACAUGGCUCAGGAUACCAUCAUCUACACAGACGAAAGCUUCACCCCUGAUUUGAAUAUUUUUCAAGAUGUUUUACACAGAGACACUUUAGUACGAGCCUUCCUAGACCAGGUCUUUCAUUUGAAACCUGGUUUAUCACUCAGGAGUACUUUCCUCGCGCAGUUCCUGCUCGUCCUUCACAGAAAAGCCUUGACGUUAAUCAAGUAUAUAGAAGAUGAUACGCAGAAAGGAAAAAAGCCCUUUAAAUCUCUUCGGAACCUGAAGAUAGACCUUGAUUUAACAGCAGAGGGCGAUCUUAACAUAAUAAUGGCUCUUGCUGAAAAAAUUAAACCAGGCCUCCACUCGUUUAUCUUUGGGAGACCUUUCUACACUAGUGUACAAGAACGGGAUGUUCUAAUGACUUUUUAAAUGUGCAGCUUGUUAAUUCUGUUUCAUCCCAACCGUGAUUGCUGUUGAAAAUAGCUCAGGGGUGUGGGAAACAUUUCCUCUGCUCAUGCCCUCAGAGCCCCACUCAGCCGUGGUUCACCGGUAUUUACACUACAGUUGCCACAAGCAAUCUCUAAGGGAAUGCCAGCCGCCUCCCAAGGAUGGAUGCCUUGCUUCUUGGGUGAACUGUCUUGGGAAAUAGACUUCAUGUUUACAAUUAUAAAAAUGAUUGUUGUCUUUUAAAGAUGUAAUAGAAUAUAAACUUGACCACAACUACUGUUCUUUUGAAUCGUAUCAUUCAUGGUUUACAUGUAUCAAGGUGAAAUCUGAGUUAGCUUUAACUAGAUAAAAUAAUGCCAGUUGCUGUUCCAUCUUUUAGUGUUCCUUGGGGUAUGAUUUUGCUGUAAGACUUUUACAAUCAACUGAAAAGUAGUGCAUCUGAAUCAUCUACUGUUCUACCGAAAGGUAGUUGGUUUGAACUUAGGUUAAGCUUUGGAAAGAAAAUGUCGGUCAAGCAGCCAUAUAAUUGAAGGGCGUCCUUUGACCCUAUAUUGUAGCCUUGGUCCUUAGGAUUCAGCCUGUCUAGGAAUGUCCCACCGUGUGUAUAGCCCUUGAUGGUGCACCACAGUCUGCUGAUUUUGUUUGCGUGGAUUUUAUUUGUUUUGUUGCUGUGAUUGUUACUUUUCCUGUAGAGUUGUGCUCUGUCAAAGAAAAUAUAGGGAAGUAAAUUUUAUGUUUCAAUAGUUGUUGCCACUUUCUAAGUUCAUUUUUAUUAGUUUUGAGCCAAACUGAACUGUGCACCUCCUGUGCCUUUUUUCCUUCGUAAAUUUUGAAUUACUUGGCAGAAGCUUAGAUUUCACUGGUCAGUCGUGUUCAUCUUGUUUUCCUCGUGCGCAUUCUUACCUUGUACCCUAUUUGGCAAUCAUGGUAACUGAGAUUGUAAAAGGCAACUAACUAGGAAGAACUUUUCUCAGCAACAGAGAGUAUUUCCUUAUCUUCUUUCUUCUGUUCCUGCCCAUGUGUUUUCACUGUUGCCUGCAUCAGGUGAGGAUCAGCAGGAGGAACUUGACUAAAGUGCUGCUCUACCAGGUGCUACUUGGGCUGAACUAAGUGGUGUGUUUCUUUUAGUCCCUAGUGUGCGUGGGCCGUUUGGGUGACUGUAAAAUAACAGAUUCACAUCUCUGUGCACAGAGUUGACAUUGUGUUCAUAAACACAGUGAAAUAUUUUUCUUUAAAACUGGAAACAAAGCAAAAGGGAAACAAAUAUAUCUCUUUAGAAAAGGAUAAAAGUGAUAUGGCCCUCACGCCCACAUUUAUUACAUUUAUCCAAAAAGAACACAUUCUAGUCUAAAAGGACAUAAUGGCCUUUCAUAUCACAAAUAAGAAAGGAGGAGAUAAAGCUCACUUAUUAGACACACACUGAACUAAAUGACUAUCAUUGGCUCCAAGUCAUGAAAAAUUUGAUAAUGCACCUUGUAAAGUCCCAUAGUUUACUCAGUGCUUUUUACAAAAUAGAUUCUUAUUUAAAUGCUGACUGAAUAUUUUAUUUGGCUGGUUUUAUUUUACUAUUAUACUGAGUGCAAAUUGUACAGUGAAAUAAGUUAUUAAAGCAUGUGUAAACAUUGUUAUGUAUCUGUUCUCCUAGAUGGAGAAUUUCGAAUAAAAUGUCUUAGAAACUC